AUGCCUCCUUUACUUCACCUUGCCGGCUUUUUCCUUUUGUCGAUUGGAGCCCAAUUACCGCCAAAUGUGAUCGUCGGGAUAAAAGGAAUCGCGAUAGAUGAGGUGGGAGUUGUUGAAAAAUUCAUCGAUGGUGAUUCUAUAACGACCUAUUUGGAGGGGUCAACAAACUCGUUACCAACAAUCUAUGGCUCAAUGUUCGACACCUGUGAUCCAAAAGAGAAAAAAGUCGAAUUGGUCGAGAGCACGAUGCGAGACGAUAAAAAGUACAAUUUCACACUCGUCAAAGGCAAAUUGAAAGUGCAUGGAAAGCCGAGUGAGAGUGUGAAACUAUGCCUGGGGGAAAACAACAAGCCUGGCUUAAACUGGAUCAUUGUAAAAGAAGCUCCCGUCAAUUGGUCACUGAUUGGAUGGGCGAUUGUGAUUGUACUCUCGACUCUGCUUAGUGCCCUGUUCACCGGCUUAAACAUUGGAUUGAUGUCGUUAACUCUGGAACAAUUGGAGGCUUACAAGAAUCACGGCACUGGAAAGAAAAAGAAAUACGCCGAGGAUAUUUUGCCGUUUCGUCGAGACAGCAAUUUACUCAUCUGCUCACUCACUAUUGCAAACGCUCUCGUAAACAUUCUAAAUGCUCUUGGAUUUGGGUAUAUUUUCGGUGAAGUCGCAAUUUCGGUUUGUUGGUUUAAUGAUUUACUAGAUGAAUUUCUCUUUUGGAACGUAUAUAGCGAGUACGCACUCUCGGUGUUUUGUCCGGCAUUGCUCACGCUUAUUCUUGGAGAAAUACUUCCGCAGGCAGUUUGUUCAAAAUACCCUCUACAAACAGGAUCUUGGACGAAGAAUGUAACUCGUGCCCUUUUGCUCGUCCUCUACCCGGUUGCAAAGCCAGUGUCAUUUCUUCUUACACUUGUUUCUGGAAAAGAAGCACGAGAAGUUUACAGCAAAGAAAUGCUUGCAAAACUUUUAAAAGCGCAUGCAAAGAAUACAGAUGACGUUUCGAAAUUGGACCAAGGAGAUUAUAUUAUCCGAAGUAUGGCGAGAACUCUGGAAAAUUUGGGUAAACAAGCAAAAGAUGUUAUGGUCCCAUGGGAAAAGGUGAAAAAAUUGACGGCAAAUGAUGUGAUCAAUGAUGAAUUGUGGAAGAAGCUCAGCAAAAUGCAAUAUUCCCGUUUCCCAGUCAUCGAAAACGGAAAAGAUCCCAAAUUUAACGGUCUCUCGCUUGGAAUCGUGUCGGCCCUAUGGCAUAAAAGCUAUCUUUUUCGCACGGCUUUGGAAGAAACACCAAUCAUUACUUUGCUAGAAGAAAUGAAGAAAGGGAUCCCUGUGAUGCUUGUUUUCAGAUCAAACGAUGAAAGUAGCUUCGAAAUCGUUGGAAUGCUAACAUUAGAGGAUCUUUUGGAACAAGUGAUAGGAGAGAUCAAAGAUGAAAAGGAAAACAAAAAUAAAAAUUCAAACGAU